AUGUCUUCGACGAUACCUGAACCACACUCAGAAGCUGCUGAGCCUCUACCUCAACCCGAGACUGAAACACUAGAAACCCUUCGCAGCCGGGGCAUCACUGAAAGCCCUCAUGCAUUAGAGCCCAAUUAUCCAGCUAUUGGCCAUAAUACAGACCCUGUCUUUCCUGAGGAAUAUGUCAUCGAAACAAGCACCGGCCUCGUCCCCCAGAGGACCCUCGAGCAAAUCCGAUCGCAUGGAUCCGUCUCAUCGACUCAGGUUGCAACACCAGCCCACGAAAGAGACACGGAUCUUGAAAAAGGAGGAAAUGGCCCCACGGAAUUUGUAACAUUCACGAUCAACGACCCCGAACACCCCUACAACUGGUCUCGCGCCUACCGAUGGUACAUCACCAUGGUAGCCUCAACCCUGGUCGUCUGCGUCGCCUUCGGCUCCUCAAUCGUCACUGGCGGCCUGGGUCUAAUCGAAGACCAAUACAACGUCUCUCUCGAAGUAGCAAUCCUAACUUGCUCAAUCAUGGUCUGCGGUUUCGCAGUCGGCCCACUCCUCUGGUCCCCCCUCUCAGAGAUCAUAGGCCGAAGACCCGUCUACAUCAUCUCCCUCGGUCUCUACGUCAUCUUCAACAUCCCCUGUGCCCUCUCCCCGAAUAUCGGUGGUCUCCUUGUGUGCAGGUUCCUCUGCGGCGUAUUCUCCAGCUCAGGACUCUCCCUAGCAGGAGGCACAAUCGCCGACAUCUGGAGCAUCGAAGAGCGCGGCAUGGCAAUUGCCUACUUCGCCGCAGCCCCAUACUGCGGACCCGUCCUCGGGCCAAUCGUAACAGGCUGGAUAAACGUCGGCAGCGGCCGUCUAGACCUUUUCUACUGGGUGAACCUAGCAUUCGCAGGCGCAGUCAUGGUCCUCGUCGGCCUCGUGCCAGAGACAUAUGCCCCGAUAAUUCUCAAACGUCGCGCCGCAAAGCUUCGCAAGGAAACCGGAAACCCGAAUAUCAUCACGGAGCAAGAAAAGACGAAACUCACUUUUGGUGAUAUCGCUCGCACAAGCCUCAUCCGCCCCAUCACAAUGAUUAUGACCGAACCCGUCCUCGAUCUGAUGUGCAUGUACAUCGUCCUCAUCUACGCAAUGCUAUACGCCUUCUUUUUCGCAUACCCAGUCAUCUUCGGCAAACUAUACAACUACAACGACGGCCAGAUCGGUCUCAUGUUCAUUCCGAUCCUGAUCGGUGCCGCGUUCGCACUGGUCAUCACACCGCUCAUCGAGAAGAAUUUCAAGAAGAUUUGUAGUCUUCGCUCGCCAACACCCGAAGACCGGCUCAUCGCUGCAUUGAUCGGUGCCCCAUUUAUUCCAAUUGCAUUGUUCUUGCUCGGCGCUACUUCCUACAAGCAUAUUAUUUGGGUUGGGCCUGCUUCUUCAGGUAUUGCGUUUGGCUUUGGCAUGGUGCUUUGCUAUUAUGCCGUCAAUAAUUAUAUUAUUGAUUCGUACCAGAAGUAUGCGGCUUCUGCCUUGGCGGCCAAGGUUUUCUUGCGCUCUGGUGGCGGUGCGGCUUUCCCGUUGUUUACUACUCAGAUGUAUGACCGUCUAGGCUUGCAGUGGGCUUCUUGGCUGCUUGCUUUUAUCGGGGUUGCUAUGGUUUUUAUUCCAUAUGUCUUUUACGUGUUUGGUGCUCGCUUGCGGGCGAAGCUCACGAGGGAUUAA